UAUCCAUAGAUUCAACUACUUGAGCAACCCAUGAAAAUUUUGAUGGCACAACGACCUAGAAGAUGAGAUGCCGUCAUCCUAUGAACGGUCUGACAUAAACAAUGCCAACAAUAAUUCAUUAAUUAUAAUGAUCGGAUCAGUUUGUGCUUAAUUUAAUUAACUUUACGAGUUUCGAGUGUAUAUAUAUAGAUUAGAUCGCCUUCGAAAUUUGCAAUACGCCACAAUCCAGCAGAAGCUCCAUUUUAGGAAUUCGAUAAAGCUCAUAUACAAAGUACUACUACUCGUACUGAUCAAAGGAGAAUACAUGGCAUCUUUGGCAACAGCAGAAGUUUGUGAUGUAAAUGCAGGGCUUCUGUCAAAUGGCGACCUGCGAGUUUUGCCACCUAUCUUCCAAAUAUACGGGCAAAGUCGAGCUUUCUCUGGCCCCAUUACAACCCUUAAGGUGUUUGAGGACAAUGUGUUGGUCAGGGAGCUUCUUGAAACUAGAGGCGAAGGACGAGUUCUGGUUAUAGAUGGUGGAGGGAGCAUGCGAUGUGCUCUAGUAGGCGGGAACUUAGGACAAUUAGCCCAGAAUAUGGGUUGGGCAGGUAUUGUAGUUAAUGGCUGCAUUCGCGAUGCAGACGAGAUUAAUGGCUGUGACAUUGGCGUUCGUGCAUUGGCAUCGCACCCUCAGAAAUCGAACAAGAAAGGCCAUGGUGAAAAACAUGUUCCUGUUUAUAUUGGAGGGAUGUUGAUUCGUGAAGGAGAGUGGUUAUAUGCAGAUAGUGAUGGCAUCCUCGUAUCGAAAACUGAAUUGUCUGUCUAAUUCGAAAAUCAUGCGGUUCUCUGCUCCAGCUCGUGUCUUUAGUUUUAUGAUCAAAGUCCUAUGGCAAGUGAAAUCAUAGUCUUGUGUUGUGUAUUAAUACAUAUUUUGAUUCAUGUAAUCUAUUAAGGGCAAUGCCAAUCAUUUUCAUAACUAUGGGGGUUUCUCCGUUUCUGUACCGAAACCAAGCACCCUCGAUGAAUGUUUUAUUUUAUGUGACACUUUUCUUUUAAUCUAUUGAGAAAAGAAUGAUACUCCCUCCGUUUCAA